UGCAAGCGUCCUACGCACCAAUCAGACCAACGAAUGAUAUAUUAUUCCACCAAUGUGAGAAGGACAAACAGGCGACAUACGGUACAGUCAGAAGAAGAAAGAAACAUGGCCGGAGAAGUUCUGAUCGACGCUUUGCCGUAUUUUGACCAGGGCUAUGACGACUCCGGCGUCCGGGAACUGGCCCAGGCACUAGUGGAGGAGGAAACCAGACGUUACCGGCCCACAAAGAACUACCUGAGUUACCUGCCAACUCCGGAUUACUCAGCUUUCGAGACUGAAGUGAUGAAGUCAGAGUUUGAAAGACUGGAGAAGAGACAACCCAUGGAGCUGCUCAGCAUGAAAAGGUACGAACUUCCGGCUCCCAUUUCUGGGCAGAGAAACGACAUAGCAGCGUGGACGGAGUGUGUGGAAAACUCCAUGGCACAGCUAGAGCACCAGGCAACAAGAAUAGAAAAUCUGGAGCUGAUGUCAACAUUUGGCUCAAACGCCUGGAAAGCACACAACAACCUCCUGGUGAAGAUGGUUGAAAAGGCACAGAAGGAGCUGGUUUCUCUUAGAAAACAAAUCCAGGAGAUAAACUGGCAGAGAAAACAUGGCCAGAUGGCUGCAGGGAAUCAGCUGCGAGAGUUGGAAGCCAGCUGGGUUGGUCUGGUGAGUAAGAACUACGAGAUCGAGCGAGCGUGUCUGGAACUGGAAGCUGAGAUCACCCAGCUGAGAGGUCAGGACCAGAGAGUGGUGAGGAGAGAGGAGGACAAGGAGAACCAACCCAUGGAGUACUGAACACUUUCUUCCGCUGUAAUCAGUAGUGCUAAAGAGCGAGGCACUUAUAUUUUGUACUGUACAGUACAUAUUUAACCUAAAGAUUAACACAGACACAAAGUAGGAGUGGGUACUGGUACUCUGGGCCAGAACUGGAUGGGAAAAGCACUUUAGAACGGUCUAAAAAAACUAGCUCUCAGGAGGAAAUUUAUCCUGGAUACCAGACUGUUUCCAAGACCUACACAGGCCAGCUCCUCGGCACCAGGGCCCACACAGACUAAGCCCUUGGCUCCAGUGCCAACAUGCCCCCAAGGAAAGUUUGCCACGACCCUGAGUUAGCCUGACUAAAAUAGCGCUCAUAGCGGCCGGCCUUACAAUUGCCGCCACCCUAGGAGGGGGUCAUUAACCCCAGCCAGCGAGAGAUUGUGUAAACACAGGCUAUGCCCUGAGUUAGUCUGUGUAGGCCAUGAAAAUAGUCUGGCAUGCAGGCUUUAGAUUACUGUGAAUCUGGAAAUACAUUUACAGUAAGUGUGCUGAGUGAAACGUGCCUGUUUUCAUUCCUUGCCAAAAUGUCUACCACUCGGUGUAGAAAUCUACUUGAGUUUAACAAGUCCAGCUUGUUUUGAAUUGCAGUGAGUGGCAUUUGGAAAAUCACCCAGAGUAGUAAACUGAAUGGAGAUAUGAUGCUGUAUAUGUUUCUGUGUAAAGAUGUUGAAGUGUGUUUUUUUUUGUUUCUAAUCGUUUGUCAGUCAUAAGAAGCACUUAUGUAUGUUCCUUGAUAGUUUACAAUGUUAAUGUCUGUGUUGUGUUGCGUAAUACUGUUCUGUCACUAAGAACACAAAGUAUGGCAG